CUUCGGGUUCUUUGUGCUCAUAGUAAUUUAAAUCGGAAAUGACGGCUCCAAGCACCACUCAAAUAGAGACGCUCCUCAAUUUUCUUGAGGAGCACCGAGACUUAGCUCGCGGGACAUUAAGAAACGUAGAGGGGAGAUUGCAAGCCCAGCGCCUUUGGCGUGAUGUUUGUGACACACUUAAUGCGAUGGGCGGAUGCACCAAAACUGUCCAGCAGUGGCAAAGGGUGUGGACAGAUAAAAAAUAUUGGGCCAAAAAAAAUGUGGCUGCUGCACGCAGGUCAGCCACCACAACUGGAGGUGGUCCACCUUCGGCACCACCACUUUCAAGAUGGGACACUAAAGUGUUAAACAUAAUGGGGGAUGGAUUUGGAGAGCCCCAAACAACAGCGGCUGUUCCAGCUUUUGUUGUGUCUGAAAGCAUGCCAUCGCCGCUUGGCAGCCAGCCAGCUAUAGCCAGCCCCCCUAGAACACAAGAAUUAAUUGAAAUUCAUACUGGUUGGUACCUAUUUUAUACUUAUUUUGUUUAG